CCAGGCCGGUGGUGGGCGGGGCCUGGAGGUGAUGGACAGCUGAGCCCCGCCCAGACGGGCGUGGCCGAGCGCAGCCGGGCGGAGCCGAACACAAUCGGGUCAGUCAUAAGAGGCGAACGCACUCAUGUCUAGCCCAGCCGACUAGACCCGAACCGAUCCGGGGGGAGCCGAUUGGACCCGAACCGAUCCGGGGGGAGCCGAUUGGACCCGAACCGAGCCGAGAGCCCCGGGACCGCCCUCGCUGCUGCAUGGCCGGGAAGAAGCUGAUCGUGGUGUUCGGGGCCACCGGGGCCCAGGGGGGCAGCGUGGCCCGGGCGCUGCUGGACGAUGGCACCUUCGCGGUGCGCGCCGUGACGCGGAGCCCCGGGAAGAAGGAGGCGGAGGAGCUGCGGCGGAGGGGAGCCGAGGUGGUGAAGGCGGAUCAGGACGACGAGGCAUCGCUGGAGCGGGCCUUGGCGGGUGCCUACGGAGCCUUUAUUGUCACCAACUUCUGGGAACACUGCAGCAAGGAGAAGGAAAUCGAGCAGGGGCGGCAUCUGGCUGACCUGUCCAAGCGCCAGGGUCUGCGCCACGUUGUGUUCAGUGGCCUGGAGAACGUGCACAAGCUGACAGGGGGCCGGCUGGAGGUGCUGCACUUUGAUGGCAAGGGCGUGGUGGAGGAAUACUUCCAGAAAAGUGGGGUUCCCACCACCAUCAUCCGGCUGCCCUUCUACUUUGAGAACUUCCUCUCCAUCUUCAAGCCACAGAAGAAGCAGGGAGACACCUUUGUCCUGGAGCUGCCCAUGGGGGACACCCCAAUGGAUGCCAUGGCUGUGGAGGACCUUGGGCCCAUUGUGCUUUCCCUGCUGAAGUCUCCAGGGGAGUACAUUGGCCAAGUGAUAGGGCUCAGCACGGGCAAGCUCACCGAGGCAGAGUACGCUGCCAUCCUCUCCCAGCAGACGGGCAAGAAUGUGACAGCCAGCAAGAUCACCCCUGAGGAGUAUGAGAAGCGGGAGUUCCCUGGGGCCAAGGAGUUGGCUGCCAUGUUCCGUUUCUACACCCUGAAGCCAGACCGCAACGUGGCCCUGACCAUGAAACUGAACCCCAAGGCUCGCACCUUCCAGCAGUGGCUGGGGGACAACAAGAAUGCCUUCUGAGCCUCCCCUCCCUCCUCUUCCUCCCUGGUUUCUAGCAGCAGGUAGGGGCACCUGGCUGAGGAGGGGAGGUGCCCUGAGCCAUGCUGCCUUCGCAGAAGUGGCCCAGGAGAGGCUUAUCCUGCCCCAGCUGGGGAGAGCUUGGCCCAUGUGCUGGUCCAUGUUUCUGCUCCUGCACCUGGCUGGGGCUGUUUAGGCAGCUAGAAUAAGAGCUAAACACAGGCAGAGGGGUGGCAGAAGCACUGCCUUUGCACUCUGUCCUCAGGGAGGUGUUGCUUUAAUGACUGUGGGUGUUUUAGGGUGGUGGGGCUUGUUUUCACAGGAUCAUCUCCUUUCCCAAGCAGCUCUGAGCAUAUGGCAGCACGUGGUGGGCUGAAGGUGUGUACCCCAGGUAUCCAUAGCCAGGGCUGCUGCAGGCUCCCAAGCAAAGAGAAGACAGGCAUUUCUCCAUGGAUCUGGUUUGGGCACUGCAGCUGAGCCACUGGAGAGAUGGAGGCUUAGUGUCACCCCAGCAAGCAGGGACUGCAGUGACUUCCUGUGAGUGUAACACAAAAGUUGAGCCUGAUUCCUCAUCAUACAGCUCUGGUGAUGGUCCUUGAGCUCCUGAGGCUAAUUUCAGUCACUGUCCCAAUGAGCUGAGAUAAAAUUCGACUUUUUCUACCCUGUCCAAGGUUUGGUGGAAAACUCUUGUGCCUAAAGUACAGCAGCUUUGUGUUUAAAGUGAAUCCCAGUCCCUAGCAAUGCUGGAGCCAUCCAACCCUGUCCCCUCCUUGUCCCAGACCUUCACUCCUGUUACUGGGGGAGGGAAAGGAUGUGACAGAGCAGGUGGAAGAGUAGACAAGGCAGCAAGGCACAGCACAUUUUAAAUAUCUUUAUGAAGUCCAUCUUAUUUACAUGGGUACAGAAUCACUUUACAGGAGUUUAAUCAGGAGGCAACUGCGUGCUUUAUUUCAUCAAAUUAAGAAGGGCAAGACUACAGCAUGUCCCUGUUUAACUGGUGUUGAACUGAUAAGUACUGGGCUGAUGGUACCUGCAGGGUAUCACAAACACAACAGGCUCCAGUAACCAUGGAAUACUCACUGCAAGAGCUCAGCUGCAUCUGGAAGGAGUGAUCCACCUCACUUGCACUCUCACACAAGUAAAACAAUGAUGUUUGACCAAUCCUUUACUCUAUGGGUGUUGCACUAAAGUAAUAAAAGAUUUUUGUCCCCAGCUGGCAAAGGGCUCAGUGAUCGACUUGUAGCAGUCCAGAAGCGACAGCAGUUGUGUGGUGCCUUUAGUUAUUUGGGGGAUAAACUGGAGGCAAAGUGCAGAUUCCAUCACUGCUCUGUGCAGGCAAUCAGCAGGAUAGAGAAAGCCCAGGGCUGUGAGGGAGCCAGGCCAGCUGGGCUCAGACAGCAGCCAGCCCCAGGGAGAUUCCACUUGGAGCUGUGCAGGGCAGCAGGGCUGUUGCUGAGAUAAGGUUGGACCUCCCUGACUCACCAAGUCUCCUGGAGAGUUCACCUGGCAUCCCAAAGGGCACCUGAGUGAGCAGUUGGUGGCCUUGGCCUCCAUACAGCAAACUGCUGCUCUAUGCUGCAAUAUUGAUUUCACAUUUCCUCUGCUUUGG